AGAAACGCAUUUCUGUGUAUCCGCUCAGGGCCAACCAGAAACAUCACUACACCCUGAAAAUCAGCACCCGCCUGGGCCGAACACGCUACAAGAAGCAAUUCAUGUUCCUGUACAGGGACGACCUGGUUGACCUGGUGGGCUCGUACCAGUUUGAUGAUGAGAAGACCGAAGGGCUGGACGUGUUUGCCAGGGAUCCGUACAUCCUUGGGUUCAGGUGCCUAAAUACAGUUCUGAAAGAUCUGGUGAUUAUCCCAGUUCACACCAAACCAGAGGACUCGGACAAGGAGCUGGACAAACUCUACGACGUCUUUGUUCAUGUCAAGAAGAAGUGGAGGACUGAUUUUUUUUUUUUUUUUUUCGCGAGAUGUGGGGGUCCACCCUGGACAGGCCUGAUCGAUGCGAUGAAAGGUGUUGUGAUGGGUGAAGACGGGAAUCUAACCCUAACCCUGAGAAAAGGAAAUCUGCUCUUGGAGCGGGUGAAGCUCAACCUGGAGAUCCAGAUCCUCCGGUUGAGGGUUGCUGAGAUGACCCGUGGGAAUGUAGUUUGGCCUAAAGACGUCAGAUCGAUCUGA